AUGGCUGCAAGACUGAAGACUUCGGGCGAUUCCCGUGGUGCUGCAGAGAAGUGUUUCGAGGUGCUCAGUUUGGACCCCGAGAACUUCCAGGGCCAUCUCAGCCUCGGCACCUUGUACUUGGCAGCUGGUGACUACGCAAGAGCUUUGGAGCAUUCGGAGAAGGCCUACAAGUUGGAUCAGCGAUCCACAGAGGCCAUGAACAAUAUUGGCGCAGUCUGCAGACAGCAAGGGAAUUACCAGGCUGCUGCAGAUUGGCAUCGUGCUGCGCUGAGAACGAACCCGAACUGUGAGACAACUCCGAUGAAUUUGGCAGUUUGUUUGAUCAACCACGGGCUACACCUGAAAGCGUCGGACCCAAAGGGUGCCAUCAGAUGCUACACAGAAGCGCUGGUUCAUUGCCCAACCAAUGCGAAUGCAUAUUACAAUUUGGGCGUGUCCUACGCAGAGAUGCACAAGUACGACAAGGCUCUUAUCAACUACCAGCUCACGGUGCACUUCGAUCCACGCUGUGCUGAGGCUUACAACAACAUGGGCGUAAUCUUCAAGGAACAGGAGAAUCUCGACAAGGCUCUAAAGUAUUACCACAUGGCCAUUCAGUGCAACCCGCGAUUUGCACAGACUUUGAACAAUCUAGGUGUGGCUUACACCACGUCGGGAAGGCUGACUGAGGCGCUUGAGUACCUGUCAAGGGCGGUCGCAGUGGCUCCCAACUACGCCGAAGCAUACAACAACUUGGGCUGGCUUUUCUGGGACCAUGGAGACCUAGCACAGGCUUUGCGCAUGUACGAGCGCUGCAUCGAGCUGUCCCCGACGUCCAAAAACCCUUCACAGAAUCGUUUACUGGCAUUGAAUUAUUUGCAUGGAUUGUCCCCAGACCUUGUCUUUCAGGCGCUGCCCUGCCGCCUGCUUUCUUGUGUGAUGCAUAAUGAUGCAUACCUAUACACACACACACAGAACUGCUCAUGUACACAAAGGUCCUGA